UUAAUUUUUACAGUUGAGCAGAGGGUAAUCCAACAAAACCAAUUGAGUGCUUUUAUUACAAUUGCACUUUGACACAUGUUAGAGAGACAGCUUUCUGUAGUGGCUAAGCUUUUUCACUGCUAUAGCCGAAUCAGGAGCUGAGUUGUAGUUGUUGUUGGUGCUGGACUGCUGUUGUGUAUUGGGGUCGUGGGGAUAAGGUUAUUGCGGAAAUCAGUGAAGUCGGUCAGGCCACCAUUCCCAAUCAAAACCCAGCCUUUUCAGUGCUUCAAGAAUGAAUAUACAACUACGUAACCCCGUGUCAAAAAAAUCCUCUACAACUCACUCCAUAGGUUUCUAAUUUUUAAAAAGUUUUGAUAUUUCAAAUAGGGUAUUAUAGAUUUUGUGACAACUGAGAUUCUAUUAGAAUCCAUGAUUUUGUUUCCUUUUCUUGUUCUGUUUUCCGUUUAAAGUUUUGAUUUUGAGAAGCCAUAAAUUUGAAAGCAAAGUGAAAACCUGUGAUUCAUCAAGACAGUAUACAGUCUGGUUUUGUUGUCUCUUUUUUCUUCUGUUGUUGCAGGGUACUACCAUUUUGAGGCACUUGAAAACCUGUGAUUUUAUUUGGAAGUAUUCUGGACACUUUCAUGAAAAGGUUUUCACAGAAUCACAGCUUCUCUUGUUUUGUCCUGAUUAGUUUUUAUGGUAUUUUUUUUUUUACAAAGUAUUCAAUUUGAGUUUUAUCCUUGAAACGCUCUGAUUCUUUUGGAGGAUAUUGAAAACAAAGGCAAGGUAGAUUCCUGAUAUUAUUCUCUUACACCGCUUCCUCAAUUUUUAUUCCCAAGAAAAUAACUCAUUUGCAACUUAGAAGGAAAAAUAAAAUAUAAAAUAAAAAACUUUACUUUUUGCUCCUAUUUAUACCAAUCAAAGUUGCUCUGUACUUGCUCAAACUCUUCUCUUUCUAUGCUUGGUCUAGUUUUGGUUUUUCAGUCUCCUGAUAUUGGCUCAGAAAUUGAUUUUGAGUCUUUUUGUUUGGGUUUUACUUUGACAAAGUAGUCAUGGAAGGUUGGCAAUAUGGUAUUAUGAGCAAGAACAGUGAAGGUGGAGGUAGAAGAUCAAUGAGAAAUGAAGAUUUUGAAGAAGAUGUGUGGUCUUUUGUGAAAGGAAGUGAAGAAGAUUCAACUUUUGAAACUAACUCUAAUAAGUACUCUUCUGGUUCUUCUUCUUCUUCUGCAUGGCGUUUCACCACUGCUCCAAGAAUGAUUCCAAGGUCUAAUAAUAUGCCAAAUACAGCCCAUGAAGCCAACAAGGUGGUUCAACAAUCAUCAGCUCCUAUGAACAUCCCUGAUUGGUCGAAGAUUUAUGGGAAAAAUGCAAACUUGGGCUCAUCAAGAAAUGGCUCAUGGGAUCAUAAUAGUAUUAGUUACAACGAUGGUGGUAAUGAUGUUGAUAAUGAAGAUUCUGAUAAUGAGGAUAUGGUACCUCCACAUGAAUGGUUAGCUAGGAAGCUUGCUAGGAACAAAAUUUCUUCUUUCUCAGUAUUUGAAGGGAUUGGAAGGACACUGAAAGGUAGAGAUCUUAGCAAAGUGAGAAAUGCUAUUUUGACCAAAACUGGUUUCUUAGAGUAAUGUCAUCACCACAAUUAAAUCAUCAAGUUCAUCAAUCAUGCCACAGAUCCCUUUUUUUAUUUUUUUAUUUUAGUCAUUAUUGUUACUAUUACUGUAUGGGGGUGAAAACUGAGAAAUAGAGAGUCCCUAAAAGAAGUCAGAGCUGCCUUUUUGGUGGUUUUUCCAAGAAGGGAGGAAAAAACAAAAACAAAUGGGCAAUCUCUGAGGUUUUGUCUGUUACUGUGGUAGGAUUUCGUGUUUUGGGUAAAUGGGAUGCAACUGCAGGCUGUAGCCAGAGUCUGUAGAAGUAGAAUUAUUAGUUUUAACCUUUACGCCUGCUUAAUCUAUCUGCUUUUGGCUGCUUCUGCUCCUUCUAUUAUUAGUAUUCAUUCCUUUA